CUCCCUUCCCCCAAAACCAUCCAUUGGCAGAUUCCCUGGGGCUUACGAAGUGGGUUCUCAAUGCCAAACAGCAGUUUACCAGGUGAUGAUAACAACCCCAGUGGAGUCUUGCACUGGGAGGUGGUUGGUCCCAAGGAUGAGUGCUAUUCUCUGCCUGUCUGAUGCCCCUCACUACACCCCUUCCCCAGAGAUCAGUCCUAAUGCCCUCAGAGCCAGGACUGAGAAGUCCAGGUGGGCAGACAAGGCCCUUCUUGCAAACCAGGUCGGGGAAGCAGAGAUGGCAGAUAGUGUCCAGCAGCAGCUGGCACAAACCUUGGAGUUAAUGACGAAGGAGCAGCUGAAGGAGUUCCAGCAGUUGCUGCAUGACCAGGAUCUCUGCAAGCAGUCUCCUGGUGUGCCCACAACCCAACCAGAGAAGGUGGAUAGCAUGGAGGUGGCCUCACUCCUGGUGGCUCAAUAUGGGGAGCAGCAGGCCUGGGACCUGGCCCUGCAGACCUGGGAGCAGAUGGGCCUGAAUGAGCUGUGUGCCCGAGUCCAGAAAGAGGCAACCUUGGAGUCAGGAAUCACAGAAAAAUACUCUAAAGAAAGUGGAGAGAUGCCCUGCCACACACGGUCAUGGAAAAAUGAGGAUAUCCAACAAAAAUUCACACAGCUACUACAGCGAUCUCGACCCAGAGGCUAUGAUUUUCCACUCUGGAUGAGGAAACAUGGGGGUACAGAUGAUCACAAACAUUUGAUUGGGGUCGGAGAAUUAUUUGGCCCAGGCCACGGUACCCAAGGAAAGCCUCUCACAGUCAUACUGCAUGGGGUUGCUGGAAUUGGAAAGUCAACCCUGGCCAGGCAAGUGAGGAGAGCCUGGGAAGAAGGCAGGCUGUACAGGGACAGCUUCCAGCAUGUCUUCUACUUUAACUGCAGAGAGCUGGCCCAGUCCAGGACACUGAGUCUUGCUGAGCUCAUCUCAAAAGACUGGGCUGGCCCUGCAGUUCCCAUUGGAAAGAUCCUAUCUCAGCAGAAGAAUCUACUCUUCAUUCUUGAUAACUUGGAUGAACCAAAAUGGGACUUGAAGCAGCACAGUUCUGAGUUCUGUCUGCACUGGAGCCAGCAGCAGCAGGUGCACACACUGCUGGGCAGUUUGCUGAAGAAAAUCUUAUUUCCUGGGGCUUCCCUGCUCAUCACAGCUCGGAUCACAGCUCUGGGGAAGCUCAUCCCUUCUUUAAAGCAGCCACGCUGGGUGGAGGUCCUGGGAUUCUCUGAGUCAGCCAGGAGGGACUAUUUCUACACAUACUUCACAGAUGAAAGUCAAGCAAUUAAAGCCUUCAGCUCAGUUGAAUCAAACCCGGCACUCUUGACCAUGUGUGUCAUGCCCUUGGUGUCCUGGCUGGUCUGCACUUGCCUAAAGCAGCAGAUUGAUAAGGGGCAAGAACUCUCACUGACCUGCCAGACGAUCACUGCCCUCUGUCUGCACUACUUUUUCCACAUUCUCCAAGUUCAGUCCCUCGGGACUAAGCUGUGGGACUUCUGCUCUCUGGCUGCUAAGGGCACCAGGCAAGGAAAGACCCUGUUCUUCCCAGAGGACCUCAAAAAACAUGGGUUAGAUGAGGACAUCACCUCCACUCUCUUAAAGAUGGCUGUUCUUCAGGAGGACCCCACCUCUCUAAGCUACAGCUUCAUGCACCUGUGUUUCCAGGAGUUCUUUGCAGCAAUGUCCUAUGCUUUAGGGGAUGAGUUAAUAAGCAUCAAAAGUAUGAAAGACUUGGUAGGACAAUAUGAGAUGGUUUCUGUGUUUGGGGAACCAAGCACAUGUUUUUUAUUUGGCCUUUUUAGUGAGCAGGGGAUGAGAGAGAUGGAGAGCAUCUUCAAAUGCCAACUGUCUUGGAAGAAGCGUGACAACCUGCUAAAAUUGGCCAAGAAACAAGUCAACCGCACACAGCAGAACCUACAGCCAUCUUGUUGGGACUUGCUCCACUCUUUUUAUGAGAUUCAGAAUGAAAGUUUUCUGACAGAAGUGAUGUCCAGUGUCCCUGAAAUGCGUAUAUGUGUCCAAACUGACAUGGAGCUCCUGGUGUUCACUUUCUGCAUUAAAUUCAGCCAGCUUCUGAAGAGGCUUAAACUGAAUGAGGGUGGACUGCACGGAGAAGCACAAAGGCCUUCACAUGUCAUUCUGUUCAGCUUGGGCCCAUUUACAGAUGCCUGGUGGCAGAUUUUCUUCUCCAUUUUCUCUGUUGAUGGGAGCCUGCAGGAGCUGGACCUGAGUGGAAACUUCCUGAGCUACUCUGCAGUACAGACUCUCUGUGAGGCCCUGAAAAGUCCUCACUGCCACCUGAAGACCCUGAGGUCUCCAUGAGACUUACAACAAGGGGAGAAAUGGGCAGCAGCAGCUGAUCCUGGGCUAACUCCCUGAACUUGUCUCCAAGGCCCCAUUUCUCUCUGACUCUCCAGUGAGCUGACAGCAGCCCCUCCUUGGCUCAUUUCUUCCCCCUAAUGUUUUCAGAGAGCCAAAGCAGCCCCUCUAGGCUUUCUGCUCUUGCUUCUUCUAGUGCAACCCCUU